GGGAAGCCACACAUGGAGUGGGUCUGGACUGCAGCCGUGGUGAGCCUGAGACCUACAGGACUUAAAAGUACCAUUAUCGCCCUUCUCAGGACCUAACCACUGGGGCUGUCCAGUGCUUACCUGGAUGCUCCCCACUUGUGAUUUUUCACCCCAUCUUCUCCCCCUGCUUCAUUUCUCUCUCCUUUUCCGUUUCUUCUAAUGGAUGGUUUUCGGUCUGUUGAAAUCCAUCUCUCCUGAAACGAAGGCUGCUCAUCCAUUUAUCCUUUGGAUGUUUUCAACAUUUUUUGCUCUUUUUAACUGCCUUCUUAAAGCCACAAGAGGUAUUUUUCUCCCUUUUUUUGGGUCAGUGUUGCCUGCUUUUGCCUGCAAUUUUGGAUCCUUUUUUUCAAUGAGCCUAGGCUCUGUUAAGCAAUUAUUUUUGUUCUUUAAGCAAUAACAAACACUAACAUAACUGACUUGAUUAGCUGACAUCAUGGGGGAUAUGUCCAAUAGCGAUUUUUAUGCCAAGAACCAAAGAAAUGAGGGCAACCAUGCAGCAGGCUUUGGCUGCUCGCUCAUGGAGCUGCGCUCGUUGAUGGAGCUGCGUAGCACGGAGGCGGUGGCCAAGCUCCAAGAGGACUAUGGAGGAGUAGAAGGACUGUGCACAAGAUUGAAAACAUCACCUACUGAAGGACUUGCAGGUGUCCAAACAGAUCUAGACAAAAGAAAAGAAAUAUUUGGUCAAAACCUGAUACCUCCAAAAAAGCCAAAAACCUUUAUACAGCUUGUUUGGGAGGCCCUACAAGAUGUUACCCUCAUCAUCCUGGAGAUUGCUGCCCUAAUCUCACUGGGACUUUCCUUUUACCAUCCUCCUGGAGAAAGCAGUGGAGCAUCAUGUGGUGCAGCGGCAGGUGGAGUAGAGGAUGAGGGUGAAGCAGAUGCUGGCUGGAUUGAGGGUGCUGCCAUUCUCUUGUCUGUAGUGUGUGUAGUUCUAGUGACAGCCUUUAAUGACUGGUCAAAGGAGAAGCAAUUCCGAGGACUCCAAAGUCGCAUUGAACAGGAGCAGAAAUUCCAGGUGGUGCGUGGGGGCCAGGUCAUACAGCUGCCUGUGGCUGAUAUAUUAGUAGGGGACAUUGCACAGGUGAAAUAUGGUGAUUUGCUUCCUGCCGAUGGAGUGCUGAUUCAGGGAAAUGACCUAAAGAUUGAUGAGUCAUCACUGACCGGGGAGUCUGACCAUGUAAAGAAAUCUGCAGACAAGGACCCCAUGCUGUUGUCUGGAACACAUGUGAUGGAGGGGUCAGGGCGAAUGGUGGUGACUGCUGUUGGUGUCAAUUCCCAGACUGGGAUUAUCUUUACCUUACUGGGGGCAGGCACUGAAGAAGAGGAAAAGAAAGAAAAGAAAGGAGAGGCAGUUGAAGAUGGACAUCAGAACACAGACUGCUCCCAUCCCCCUAUCCACCCCAUUGCAACCAUUGCUACGGAUGGGGCUGCAGGCAUUAAUGCCCCUGGCAGUGCCAGCCUAAUUAAUGGUAAAAUGCAGGAUGGCAAUUUGGAGACCAACCAGAUAAAAGUGAAGAAGCAGGAUGGAGCAGCUGCCAUGGAAAUGCAGCCUCUGAAGAGUGCUGAAGGCGGAGAGGCCGACGAGAGAGAGAGGAAGAAAGUGUCAGCUCCGAAGAAAGAGAAGUCUGUGCUGCAAGGGAAGCUGACCAAACUCGCUGUCCAGAUUGGAAAAGCAGGUUUGCUCAUGUCAGCGAUUACAGUCAUCAUCUUGGUCCUGUAUUUUGCCAUCGACAACUUUGUCCUGAAGAAGAAUCCUUGGAUGCCAGAGUGUACGCCCAUCUACAUCCAGUACUUUGUCAAGUUCUUCAUCAUUGGUGUGACUGUACUGGUGGUGGCUGUACCAGAGGGGCUUCCACUGGCUGUGACCAUCUCGCUAGCAUACUCUGUCAAGAAAAUGAUGAAAGACAACAAUCUUGUGCGUCACCUGGAUGCCUGUGAAACAAUGGGUAAUGCCACAGCCAUUUGCUCUGACAAGACAGGCACACUAACCACCAACCGCAUGACAGCUGUGCAGUGCUAUGUUGGAGAUGUUCACUACAAAGUAAUUCCAGAUCCUGGUGUAUUACCUCCCAAAUCAUUGGAGUUACUGGUCAAUGCCAUCUCUCUCAACAGUGCCUAUACGACAAAAAUACUGCCCCCAGAUAAGGAAGGUGGUCUGCCAAAGCAGGUUGGAAACAAAACAGAGUGUGGUCUGCUGGGACUGGUCCUGGACCUGAAGCGAGAUUACCAGCCUAUAAGAAACCAGAUCCCCGAAGAGAAGCUUUACAAGGUCUACACUUUUAACUCAGUCAGGAAGUCUAUGAGCACUGUCAUUAAACUUCAUGAUGGGAGCUUCCGGAUGUACAGUAAGGGAGCUUCUGAGAUUGUUCUCAAAAAAUGCAACCACAUUCUGAAUGAAGUUGGUGAACCAAGAGUUUUCCGUCCACGAGACAAGGAUGAGAUGGUUAAAAAGGUGAUUGAGCCAAUGGCAUGUGAUGGUCUAAGAACCAUCUGUGUGGCAUAUCGUGACUUUCCCAGGGAUCCUGAGCCCAAUUGGGAUGAUGAGAACAACAUCCUCACUGACCUUACUGCUAUCUGUGUUGUGGGAAUAGAAGAUCCUGUCAGACCAGAGGUGCCAGAUGCCAUUCAGAAGUGCCAGCGUGCAGGGAUCACUGUGCGCAUGGUGACUGGAGACAACAUAAACACAGCCAGGGCUAUAGCCAUCAAAUGUGGUAUCAUCCAUCCAGGAGAGGAUUUUCUCUGCAUUGAUGGCAAAGAGUUCAACAGGAGGAUCCGCAAUGAGAAAGGAGAGGUGGAACAGGAACGAAUUGACAAAGUAUGGCCUAAACUCCGUGUCCUGGCCAGAUCCUCCCCCACUGACAAACAUACACUUGUCAAAGGCAUUAUUGAUAGCACAAUGACAGAUCAGAGACAGGUUGUGGCUGUGACGGGGGAUGGGACCAAUGAUGGACCUGCUUUAAAGAAAGCAGACGUUGGAUUUGCCAUGGGUAUAGCUGGUACGGAUGUGGCCAAGGAGGCUUCAGAUAUCAUCCUCACUGAUGAUAAUUUCAGCAGCAUUGUGAAAGCAGUUAUGUGGGGCCGAAAUGUCUACGACAGCAUUUCCAAGUUUCUUCAGUUCCAGCUUACUGUCAACGUUGUGGCUGUUAUUGUAGCCUUUACUGGUGCUUGCAUCACACAGGAUUCUCCGCUCAAAGCAGUGCAGAUGUUGUGGGUGAACCUAAUCAUGGAUACUUUUGCGUCUCUGGCCCUGGCGACAGAACCUCCUACGGAGUCUCUGCUGAAGAGGAAGCCGUAUGGCCGCAAUAAGCCUCUCAUUUCCAGCACUAUGACCAAGAACAUCUUAGGACAUGCAGUUUAUCAGCUCGUCCUCAUCUUCACACUGCUUUUUGUCGGAGAGAAGAUAUUUGAUAUUGACAGUGGCCGUGAUGCUCCUCUUCACUCUCCACCUUCCGAGCAUUAUACAAUCAUCUUCAACACGUUUGUGAUGAUGCAGCUUUUUAAUGAAAUCAAUGCUCGCAAAAUACACGGAGAGAGAAACGUGUUUGAUGGUAUCUUCAAGAACCCAAUCUUCUGCUCCAUUGUUUUUGGCACAUUUGCAGUACAGAUUGUGAUUGUACAGUUAGGAGGGAAGCCCUUCAGCUGUCAGCCUCUGAACCUGGAAAAGUGGAUGUGGUGCGUUUUUCUCGGAAUGGGAGAGCUUGUCUGGGGACAGGCGAUAGCUUCCAUACCAAACAGCAAGCUGCGCUUCCUGCGUCGGGCUGGCCAGUUAACUCAGAAAGAUGAGUUACCGGAGGAGGAUGUAAAUGAGGAAAACGAGGAGAUUGACUAUGCAGAGAGGGAGCUGAGGAGAGGACAAAUCCUGUGGUUUAGAGGGCUAAACCGCAUUCAGACUCAGAUUGAUGUAGUCAACACCUUCAAGAGUGGCACCUCAUUUCAGGGGGCAGGGGCUCUGAGACGCCAGUCAUCCACCACCAGCCAGACCCAGGAUAUCCGAGUUGUGAAUGCAUUCCGUAGUUCCCUUUAUGAAGGCCUUGAAAAACAAGACUCCAGGACAUCCAUACACAACUUCAUGACCCACCCAGAGUUUAGGAUAGAUGACUCCACACCCAGCAUCCCGCUUAUUGACGACAUGGACGAUGAUUCUGCCCGGAAGAGGAGCAAGUACUCCAGUCAGCCCUCAUCUCCCAACAAGAACAACAACGCCAUCGACAGUGGCAUCAACCUCACAAUCGACAUCAGUAAAUCUGCUGCGUCCUCCAGCCCUGCCAGUCCUCUACACAGCUUGGAGACCAGCCUCUAACCCCAACGCUAAACUCAGCUCUAACCUCUGAAGUCAUUCCCCUGCAGUCCGGGGACGCCUCUUGCGGCUUGUCCAAACCUGUAACUGCUACUGUACACCCUAUCACCCAGUUCUCACCAGUCAACACUCUAAAGCACCAUUCACCCCUGAGCCAGGUCAGCUCCUGUGGAACAAUUCAUUCAUUCCAUAAAACUUUCCUCUCCUUUAAAAAAAACGGAGCAAUUCUUAAUGAUAUGGCAAGAUUAAAAUAAAAAAGAGCUAUCAUACAAUCUAUAAAGCUCAAUAAAGCCACACAACCUACACAGCCAUCCUGCUUUUGUGGUUGCAUGUGUACGGUGGCAGCCUUGAUGGAUUGUAAGACUCUACGCUUGUACUGGUUAGCAUGUACUGUAUGAGCGUGCAGCCGACUGCACAUCUGGAUGAACUGUGUCUGCAGUGACACCUGGAGGAGAACAAUAAGGAGGGAGACCACCGAGGAGUGUAGACCGCAAAACAGACUUUCUGCUCUCCUGAAACUCCUUUUCUUCAGUAAUAAUAUUGUUAAUACAGAUACUGUAAUAGUUUAAUUUAAAUUGAAAACUGUUGUUAUUAUUCUAACUCUGGUUCUGAUUAUUAUUGCUAUUAUUCCUAUUGGUCCUGCAUGAAUGUACAUUACCCAAGUUUAUUUAAGAAAGUUUUAUUUUAUUUAAGUCAUUUGGUUCUGACGGGCUGGGCCUCACAGCAGACUGCACAUUUAAAAACAGCUUCUCUGAGCUCCUGGCCUGCAAAGUUCCCUCUUCUGUGUGGCAUGAACAUGUACUGGACUCUAAAGAAUUAUAUCACCCAUAAGCAGAAGCGUGUCUGGAGGUGGGAGGGCGAACUUGCACAGUAGUUUUGCACCUGUUGAAAAAGGGGAACGCAAAAUAAAAAUAGCGGGCGAUAGCAUUUAUGGGAUAUAUUCUAUACAUAUAAAUUCAUAAAAAUAUAUUUAGAGAGAGUUUAUCUUUGUUGGCAUGUUGCCUUGUUUCUGCUUUAAUGGCUCAAGUUACUUUGAAUUAUUUAUGUCUUAAACAGAAUGUAAUUGUUUACAACCUCGUAGAGAUCAAUUUCCUGGUUUUUAAAAGGAGGAGGAAAAAGUUGGAGCUCCAAUUUGUGUUGACAUCAUUACAGAGAAAAAAAUGAACGUGCUGGAAAUUGCCUGCUAUAUUGUUAGACAAUGUAGAUAUUUUUAGAGGAUUAACAACAAAAAGAAACCAAAAUACAAAGAGAUGCAUAGUACAGUACAUGUGAAAUCUUAGUAUUACUCUAAAUGAUUGUUGGGAUCAAAUAAGAGCGGCUUGCCUUUCUUUAUUUUCUUAAUGAACGCCUCCUUUUUGUGACAGAGGAGGACAUUUGAUUCUUUUAUCAAUAGGUUUGUUUAAAACUGUUAAAUUGUCUUUGCUUCAGCACUGACCUGGGGCCAGCGUUGAGUAAAUGGUUGAUAUUUAUUGAUUGAUUUACUGAAGGUCGAAGAUUGAUUGAUUUACCUGUCCUGUAGGACAACCUGCCGAGGACUUAAUGUUUAAAGAUCUAUGUGACCAUUCAGAGGCUUAAAGUACCACAAGAAAAGCAGACAUUUUUUGUUUCAAACUUGCAAUAUAUAUAUAUAU